CUUUUUAAAGCAGGAAAUGGCUGGGCCCAACGGGUAACUGCUUCCUCCUUCAAGUGGCCCGUCUUUUCUGGAGAUUUUCUUGGCCGCCGCUGCGCGAGAGGCGUCGAGGAGGGAGCCACCGUGCGCGCUGAGGCGGCUUCAGCCGGGAACCCAAGAUGUCGGUGGCGUUUGCCCCCCGGCAGCGGGGCAAAGGCGAGAUAACGCCGGCUGCCAUCCAGAAGAUGUUGGAUGAAAAUAAUCACCUGAUUCAGUGUAUAAUGGACUACCAGAAUAAAGGCAAAACUUUGGAAUGCUCUCAGUACCAGCAGCUGUUGCAUACAAAUCUGGUCUACUUAGCCACAAUAGCAGACUCCAAUCAAAACAUGCAAUCUAUAUUACCACCACCACCCACACAGAAUAUGCCAAUGGGUCCUGGAGGAAUGAAUCAGAGUGGCCCUCCCCCACCUCCACGUACUCACAGUAUGAGUUCAGAUGGUAUGGUAGGUGGGGGCCCUCCUGCUCCACACAUGCAGAACCAGAUGAACGGCCAGAUGCCUGGACCUAACCAUAUGCCCAUACAGGGACCUGGACCAAGCCAACUUAGCAUGACAAACAACUCCAUGAGUAUACCUUCAAAUAAUCAUGGGUCAAUGGGAGCCUAUAAUCAUUCAGUGCCAUCUUCACAAAGUAUACCUGGACAGAGUCAGAUGACAAUAAGCCAAGGACAACCUAUGGCCAGCUAUGGUCCCAGACCAAAUAUAAAUAUGCCGCCAAAUCAAGGUCCAAUGAUGCAUCAGCAACCACCAUCUCAACAGUAUAAUAUACCCCAGGGAGGGGCACAACAUUAUCAGGGACAACAGCCACCAAUGGGAAUGAUAAGCCAAGUUAAUCAAGGAAACCAUAUGAUGGGACAAAGGCAGAUUCCUCCAUAUAGACCUCCACAGCAAGGCCCACCACAGCAGUACUCAGGCCAGGAAGACUAUUAUGGGGACCAAUACAGUCAUGGUGGACAGGGUCCUCCAGAAGGCAUGAACCAGCAAUAUUACCCUGAUGGUCAUAGUGAUUACGGUUAUCAGCAACCGUCGUAUCCUGAACAAGGCUACGAUAGGCCUUAUGAGGAUUCCUCACAACAUUACUACGAAGGAGGUAAUGCUCAGUAUGGCCAACAGCAAGAUGCAUACCAAGCCCCACCUCAACAACCAGGCUAUCAACAGCAACAAUAUCCAGCUCAGCAAGGUUAUCCUGGACAACAGCAAGGUUAUGGUCCUUCCCAAAGUGCUCCAGGACCUCAGUAUUCCAAUUAUCCUCAAGGACAAGGUCAACAAUAUGGAGGAUAUAGACCUACGCAGCCUGGCCCUCCCCAGCCUCCACAACAAAGGCCUUAUGGAUAUGACCAGGGGCAGUAUGGAAAUUACCAGCAGUGAAAACCUAAUUUUAAUAAGCAGUACCUGUUAGCAGCCUCAUCGUCUCUUCGGCAUUGUCAACAUCUUUUGAAGAAAAUCUUCAAUUGCUUCUAAUUUUAGAAAGAAAAUGACAACCUUGCCUUGUUAAUAAAUGGCUGUAUUGGAGUAUAUUGCCUAUCUAGGUUAGCUUUUGUCAGCUAAUUAUAAACAAAUGUAAUUGUCCUUAUGGAAAAAGAUGCAUCUGUACUCUAGAUGGCAAUAUUGGACAGAAAAUACACUCACAAACAAUUUGCAACGAGCUUAGAACUGUAUAUCAAACAGUUACAGACUGAAGUAUGUGAGCAGUACUGUAUGUUUAUGAAGGUUAAGGGAAUUUAGUAUUUUUCCAGAGAUUCUUUUGUAAGAGUAAGGGAAAAAUUUUUACAGCAGCAAUAUUUUAUAUAUUAUGUUUUUUUCAUGUGGAAUAUGCAAGGUAGUACACUACAAACUGGCAAGGUCAGAAACCCAAGUAAAGGAGAAAUACAAACUGAUGUGAAGAAUUUGUGGGUGUGUAUGCUGACCUCAGUGUUGGAUGAGAAGCCAACCAUGUAUUUGACAGAUCCUGAUAUGAAGACUGUGUAUCCCAACUACUGAAAUGAUGGAAUUAUCAUGGAACAUAUAAAACGUCUACAUAAAGUAAAUUUAAAAUACUUGAUGGAAACCUGUAAAAUGGUUGUACCAGUGGCAGUUCAUUUUACCUUUUCUUCCAGUAACACAAAACUGCGAAUUUUUAAUGGCCUUGUAAUGGUUUCAAAUAAAUAAGAGCUGUGAUCUUUUUUUGAUUGCAGUAGCAAUGACUUUGAAAAAGUGUUCAUUUAACCUGAUUUAAAUUUACAAAGUAUUUAUAAACAAAUUAUAGAUAGGUUGACAUGUAUUUUAUUUCACAAGUGUAUUUAACUUGUAGUACAAUAAUUACUAUGUAACGAAGAUAGUAUAGCAGCUUUUGUAAAACUUGUCUAAACUUUCUCAUUCAAGAGUGAAUAUCUUUAAGAGAGAAUACAAUUGUGUAUAUGUCCAUGUUUGUAUUGGUUAUUAUGAGACCAAAAGUAAAUUUUAAUGUGUUUUUUAAAAUGUCAGUUUCCUUAUAAACUAUAAAUUCUGACCAAUCCCACAUUAGAGAAAUUUUCUAUCCAGAGCAAACACAGAUUCAGCAGGGAAGACCCUCCCUCCUAUUAUGUUUGAGGCGCAUUACUAAAUUUUGUGUUGCAGAAGCAUACAUAUUUCAGACAGAUGUUUGAAAAUUUGCUAAUAAAAUCAGUCAUGUAUUGGUAUAUUUUGAUAGGAAAAUAGCAGGAAGUACCUGAAUUAGGGCAUAAAAAUACAUUCCUCUAUAAUCCUAAAUAGAGAAUAUUUUUAUGUCAUUUAAUUAAAAUCAAGUUUUGAACUGAAAAUGUGGAGAUCAUUGAUAUGAAUAACAUGCUUAUAGAUUUAGUGCCAAUUUUCCACCACUGUGUACUUCAUUGCUAUUUAAAAUUGUAUUGCAUCAACUCUUAAAAGAAGAAUAAAUUAUUUGUGAUUUAAUAUCCUAA